UACAUUUCUCGUCCAUUUUUAUCUGCGACGAGGUCGUAUAGCCUGUGGCGUGUACAUUCAUCCAGCUGCUCUCACAGAGGUCACUUGCUGCCAUAAUGGAGGCCUUGUUGUCACAUUCCUUCGACUACCUUUCCUCAAGCUCCCCUCAGAAAAUCCGCAAGGGGCUCCGCCAGGUAGAAGGCUUGCUCGCACAACUAUGCCUGUCCAGAACCAACGCCGCCGCGAACAAACGCCAGUCGAUGCUUCUCCUGGGAUCGUCGACCCCUUCCUCGCCUCACUCGAAGAAGCUCUCAGACCUGCCCUCAGAUCCCGCCUUUCGUGAAUUCUUCAAACUGCAACAGAGUUUCCAAUGGAACAUUUCUAUGAGACUGGUGGCAAGUCUAGAGAGACUCCUAGGCAAGGAAAGCAACGGGACGAAUGAUCUGUUAAUCAUUCAGACACUGGAUCUGAUCCAAGGAGUCCUCCUACUCCAUCCACCUUCCCGAGCGCUGUUUUCGCAGGAGAUAUACAUGAACCUCUUCCUUGACCUCCUCGACCCCUCAAACUGUCCCGCCAUCCAAUCCUCCACAAUCAUGGCCCUAGUAACCUCCUUACUCGACAACCCGCAAAACACCCGCACUUUUGAAUCCAUUGACGGCCUGUUGGUAAUCACAUCUCUAUUCAAAUCCCGAGGGACCUCCCGCGAAGUAAAAUUAAAACUGGUCGAGUUUCUUUAUUUCUACCUCAUGCCCGAAACUGUCACACCAAAGAUUGCAAGCUCAACCUCUGCGACAAACACGGCGAUCUUGGGGGGGAGGGGGAAGGAAGUAAUUGCUGCAUUUGAUCGCAGGAGGGGGGAGACUGUCAAUGGUGCCGACGGCGGUGGCGUGGGCGGAAAGACAGCGAAUGGAAAAGACUCUGGGAACACAAGGACGACCGAGGAGAAGCAGAGUCUGCUCGGAAAACAUUUGAGCAAUGUGCAGGACUUGGUGGAAGAUUUGAGGGAAGGAGGUGGUGUCUUUGGGGUCGGUGGCAUGUAACAACACAGCAGAGCCCAGUGGUAAACUGGAAGAGGGAUGAAUCCGUUCGCAAGAUACCCAUUGAAAAUGAAACCGAUUAUGCUCAAUUGGCAGUGUACAUGUAUGUGCAGCACCAGCUCAGUCAGGGCUAUGCAAAUCCGCUCCUCACAAAGCGAUAUUCGAAGAACAAAUCUUCGAACUUUGGGACGGCAGUCAUGUCCGAAGCCAACACGACUGCACGUCUAAUGUUACUACCUGGAUCCCAUGAAUACAACCAGUUUAGUGCUAGCCGAAAUCAAC